UAUCGUGCGUCCAACGACUAAGAUCUAUCCACCGAAUUAAUCGUACUCGAAUACAUGGUCGCAACGUUACCGGCGGCAAACGGUUCACAGGCAAUUGUUUGUCAUUCUCUUCUUUUCGAUUGCUGACAAACGCGUAUUUGAUUGUCACAUCUCUCGUCAUUUAUUUCGUUUCAUUCGCGAAAGUAAAUUUUUCAUGCGUGCGCGCGCUUACGAAUAUUUCUAUGUAUAUAUAUAUAUAUAUAAAAGAAAAUAUAUAUAUAUGUAUGUGUAUAUAUAUAUAUAUAUCCGUGUACCUAUGUAGGCGUUCGCGCACGUACGUACACGUAUAUAUGUGAUAAUAAUUUGUAAGCUUUUUUUACGAUAAAUCAACCGCGAUAUGUAUAAUAAUAAUGAUAAUAGUAACAACAACAAUAAUUAAAAAGAUACACAAAUCGUAUCGAUAGAUAGAACUGGAAUGGGUGUGCAUGUGUCUUGGAUUUGCGCUUCCCGAGUCGGUCUCAGUGCAACCUUGAAAAAUUUUACGUGUAAUUUAUACGAUAAGAUAGAAUGCAGCUUAUAUGAAAGCGUGUGAUCUCAAGGAUCCGUAAGGAUAAGUUCUUACGUAUCAUAUCAUGAAUGGAUGCUACUUAGAGGAUUUUUUUGCCAUCGAACAAUUAUAAUUAUAAUUCGGAAAGAAACAUUUUAUCGGAAUAUUAAAAUAUGCAUCAAUGAAUAUGGACUGUGUUAAACAGGAAGGACGGGCGCGGUUUUUUUUUAACGAUACACUCCAUCUCAGUACAAAGAACGCCUCCGUCGACGAGCGGUAAAUAAGAAAUGCGAUGUUAUCGACUCAAUGUUAUCGAAUUAAACGGCGAAAUUUAGUUCGAUUUCAUAUGAAACUUAUUUAUCGACGAUAAUAAGAGCGGACUUAUUCGCGAUAUAUUAAUAUUACGUUAUUAUACUCAAACACUGCCCUUAUGUACAACUAAAGAAAAAACAAAGAAGGAAAAGAAAAGUAAAAAUAUUGUUCCGCAACCGACACGAGGAUUAUGAAUAGAUGUUUUAGCCAGAGCAGGCUUCAUAGUGACGUUUACUGAACGAGAAAGAAACCUUUGGAUCGUUUGAUUGCGACAUGCUGCCUUUGAAAAUCUAUCCUUCGACAUCGAACGAAGAGAACUUCUUGAGAAGGGGAUGCCGAUAACCUAUAAAACGAGCUUCGGUCUCGUUAUCCUGUCAUAUGUGUUCACAUUGACGGACAUCGAGUAUCAAAUACGAGGACAACUUUUACGAAUCGCGUUGCUUGUUCUAUUCGCGAUUCUAAUCGACGAUAUGCAUCGCAAGCUUCAACUGGGUUUUUUCGCUUUCUCGAUUAUAUUGCUACUAUGCUUGAUUUUGAAUACCGGAGUUGAAGCUCAAUUGAAUUUUUCGACUGGUUGGGGAAAAAGAAGUCAAAGGAUCGGAGUUGUCGAGUGGGGUGUUAGAACCGAGUGUGCUACGCAAGCUAAACCUUCGGUGGAACAAUUGCUAAGUGUUUACCAUUUGAUACAGAUAGAAGCGCGAAAAAUGUUGGAUUGUCGGAAAUUGAACGAGUGAAUUUGAGAGUGAUUCGAUUGAUAUUAGAGGAAACAUCGUAGAUUAAACAUUGGAUUGUUCGAGAAAAUCGUUCGAAUUGUACGAUUUUAACAAUUAUUGGCUGACUUGUUUGAAAGCAUCGGAUAACUUAUAUUAGCUUCACUUCCGGUUCUAGCAAACGAAGAAUUGCUUGAAAUGUUUUCAAUCGCACGAAUGUGCCUUAUAAAAUUAUCGAUACGAAUGAUAAUAUAAUAAUAAUAAUAAAGAAGAAAUAUAAUUUCCUUU